GAUUUGACUACAUCACUAAAGUGUUUAAGGUUUUGCAAAAGUUGAAGAAGUUGAAGUUGGGCUCCCUCCAAGAUGUCCUUAAAGAAGGAAACUCCAUCAGACCAGCAGCUUCACUUGGCUGCUUUACAAGGAAAUUUGGAGCAGUUAAAACGUGUAUUAGACAGUGGAAAAGUACAUGUGGAUUGCAAAGACAAGGAAGGGACAUCUCCUUUAAUUCUAGCUGCUGCAAACAACCAUCUUGACUGUGCAAAAGAACUUCUAAAGCAAGGUGCUGAUCCUUCAGCUCGCAGACUGACUGGCACUUGUGCUUUGUUCUUUGCUGCCCAGGGCGGAUUCUUAGACAUAGUGCGCAUAUUGUUGGACAGUGGUGCCUCCUUAGAUCUGGCCAGCUAUGAUGGAGGGACGCCAUUGUUUGUUGCCUGUCAGUGUAAUCACCUGGAUGUUGUAGAGGAGUUACUCAGUAGAGGAGCAGAUCUCCACGCACAAAUGAUUGAUGGUGCCACGCCAUUGUUUAUAACAGCUCAAAAUGGCCAUUUACAUUUGUUGAGAUACCUGAUCACUAGAGGGGCUGAUGUCAAUGUAAAACGACAGGAUCAAGCUACUCCAUUAUGGAUUGCUUCACAAAUGGGACACACCUCUAUUGUAAAAGAACUCCUAUCAUCAGGUGCUGAGGUAGAUGCUGUUAGAGAGGAUGGGGCAACUCCCCUUUUUAAAGCUUGCCACAAAGGACAUUUAGAUGUUGCAGAGCAGCUUCUUAAACACAAGCCAAAUAUGGGUUUACUGAAGAAUGGAGAGACCCCACUCCAUGCUGCAGCUCUGUUUGGACAUAUGAAAGUUAUGAAAUUACUGAUGUCAUAUGGCAUGGACACAAGGCUCAAAAACAAGGAAGGAAAAACUGCGGGAGAACUUGCUCAAGAUGCAGGAUAUGACUAUAUUGCCAAAUUCAUCAACAGUUACCAGACCAGCCAAGACAGAAAGAGUCCUACCACUCCUCCAUCAUCUUGAUGUGCCAAUUGAAUAUCUACAACCCCCACCGGCUUCCAGCAAAGCAAGCUUUCUGUUUAUCUGUGAUUUUACAAAGGUCCCAUAUUUACCAUCAUGUUUCAGAACUACGCAAAUCUAGCAUUUUUUUAAAAUUUGAAAUACUUCAAUCUGCACAAAAAUGUAUUUUAUGCAUGUUUGACGUUCAAUAUUCCGUCUUCACUUUAUGGGUUCUAUUAAUUUUGUUUAUAGAAGUAAUUAUACUCCUUUUUGAUUUCUUUUGGUGUAAAGUGUCCUCAUUACUGUUUUUGUAAUAGAAAAUUGGUAUUUUUGAAAAGAAAAUUGUAGAAACAAACAUGGAGAAAAAAGUUCUAUACAGUCUGCAAGUAGUGUCAAAGAUUAUUAUCAUAGUAUGCCUAUGGAAUAUGGCAUUUUUUCUGCUCUUUCAAACACUCUCUAGCUAUAUCAGAUGUAAACAACAUGGUGCAGAAAACCAUAUUUGUUAAGUUGGUGCAUCUUGUGCAUGACUAUGUUUUAUGUCUUAAGUGUCAGUCAAAAAACUUGCAUUUGUGAUGAUUGCAGACGUAAUAUGCUUCUGUAAAAGAUAGAACAUAGCAUUGUAGACACGUGAUUAAUAUGUUACCGUCUCAAGUGACAAAUUAUGUAAAUUUAUAACAUUUUAGAAUGAGUUUUAUGAAGGAGUUAAAACUAUUAUCAUGCUCUUAAAAACCUUUCAACAUAAUAUGCUUUGUAAAGUAUGUAGUAGAUGGGUCGUAUAAUGGUAUGGUGCACUAUAUCUAUCUUUGUCUUUUUGUCUGUCACCAUUUUUGGGCCAGAUAAAAACAUUACUUAUAAUGUUAGGAUCAUCAAACAAUGCACAUAUUCCCUAUGAUUAGAGGAAGAAGCCUGUUGUUUUUCAAAGUCAGAUGUCAAAGGUCAUUUUAGGCACAAAACAAGAAAGAAACAAUUCUAAUAAGGCUAGGAUAAUCAAACUUGAUGCACAUAUUAAGCAUCAUAGACGGGUUGUAUUAUAGUAUAGUGCAGUGUUUCUGUCUGCCUUUCUGUUUGACCAAUGAAUGGUUAAUACUACUGUAUUACUGAAUAUAUAGAUGGGUGUAUUUUGCAGUGUAAGCAUUGCUUUUGUUAUCUUUGAAAAGAUCUGCAUACCUUUUGAGUGUUUUUUUUUUUAAUAAGAGACAAUUCAUCAACUUUGUCCAAAAUUGAUGUAUUUUCCCUAAAUACUCUUUAACAUAUGAGGUAAGUACAUGUAAUAAUGCAGUAAGGGCUACAAAACUGUAGUGCAAUUUGAUUUCCAUUUGCUAGUCAUGAUUAGUAUAGAUCUUGGUUGUUAUUGUUUUUUUUAGAAGAGGUGUAAAUGAAGAGAGCAUUGUGAUUUGAUAUACAUGUACAACAUUGUUGCCUCUUUUGAAGUACCUCAUAUCUCACCUAUGUUAUAGUUUCUGGAGGCAAUACAGACUGAUGAUAUGGGGGACCUGUGUGUGAAAUGUGAAGUUAAUUGAGAUUGGUGCAUAAUAAGGGGUGAUAUUUUUAAAAAAAAUCAUUUAUAACAGAUUUGUAUGCGUAUCACCCAGAUGUCUUUCCAUUAUAUAAAGGCUGCCGUGGAUGUUGUAUUGCAGGUGCUUUUUUUCUCGUGUAUUUGUUUGUGUUGAUACAGUGUAACUUGUCAAAUUGAUUAAUUUUGUAAUUCAAAGUUUUGUGCAUUCCUUACAUACAAUUCAACACCAAACUUUGAAUACUGUUCUGAAAUGUAUUCCAGAAUUUUCCGAACUAAAAAAGUUUUCUGAUACCAAGAUGGUCAGCAUAUUUAAGUUACACUACAGAAAGAAUCCAUAUGCUCUCCUUAAAUGUGUGAAAUAUUCUCUUUCAUCUUUUAUGAAUUUCAUCCAUUUUUACAUGGUUUCAAUUGUAGAUUUAAACUGAAAAAUUGCUAUUCAUUUACUGUAAAUCACACUUUAUUCUCUAGAACUUUAUUUACACAUAAUUUUGUGAUAAUAGUCAUUCACAUAAAUUUAGUUCUAGCAAAUAAACUCUUGCACAUAGAAAACUUAAGCAUUGAAUAAUGAGUUGUGAAUGAAUAGAUACAUCAUUGUAUCCAUGUGAAAAUAAAGUCUCGCAAAAUAAAAGGGAUCUGCAGUAUGUAAGAAUCAUUUUAAAUGGAGUUUUUAUCAAGCUAAAGAAAAAUAUGAGGAUAUCUGAUUUAUUAGUAUUUAUUUUAUUAUGAAGGUAUGUGAUAACCCAGUGUUCAAUUUUUCUAAAAGUAGUAAAGGACACGCUUAGCUUUAAUGUAUAUGACAUUGUGUAGGUUGUGAUUUGACUAUCUCAUAUCAGAAUACUCAUGUGGUAAAUAAUAUUUAAAAUUUUUAAAAAUUCUGUCCGAUGAGUACACUUAGUUGCAUUGAGGGUGAUAGUAUGGGUUAUAGUUUGAAGUACGACAUCAAUUUUUAGCCAGUGUAUCAACAUAUAUGGCAUGAAUUACCAUUUUUGGAAGGGGAAAAAGAUAGUAAUUGUAUAUUUCCAUGUGUUAUAUUAAAAUAUUGUCGUAAAGAUUGGAUGUAAGUGUAAUGGGAUAAUAUUUUUGUUCGAUAAAGGCUACCAUAUUUGCCAAAAUAAAACACCCCCUGUGAACUAUAAACAGAUAUCAUAUCUUUUAUCCAACAGAAGUAGACAUAUUGUGCCUUAUUUUGUAUUUUUUUUUUUUCUUAAUUUAAAUUUUGUUAUGUGUAUAUGCAUAUAUUUGCAGUUAUUGAAUUUGAUACACUACUUAUCCAGUUGCCAUGUACCAGAUUCUUUUUUGCAUUAGAUGUAUUUUGCAGGUUUUUCUGGAAAUGUUGGAAUUAUAAUUUUGGACAGAUUUUCUUGUUACGUAAUUACAAUGUCAUAUAUAAAUGGAAAUUUUGAUGCUUUGAUUUGGAAAAUUUUCUUUGUCAACUAAAAAAAUCAACAUUUAUUCUAAAACUUGUAUGAAAACCUGAUGACUCCCUUCAAUCAUCAUUUAUUUGUUAAAUUUGCCAUUUUCCUCUCCAGUUUUGUUGGCCAUUUUUCUUAAUGACAAAUACACCAAUAAUCAAUGAAAACAAGGAUGUAUGCAUUACUAGUUGUAUAUACUGUACAUGUGUAUUAAACGAAAUUUAUACUUUGUGUUACUAAAGCAUAGGUAAUAUUUUGUUUUGGGUUAAAUAUGAUAUACAUGUACUAUUGUGAUUUUCAAGAUGCUAUUUAAUGGGUUGCAAUGAACAGUAUUGGCUCGUAUAUAUAUGUUUGUACAUGUAAUGCAUUUCAUAUUUUGCAAGAUAUUUAUAUACAUUGUACUUCAUUUAAUAGGUGUGCAAUAUAAUCUUAGCAUUUGAAAGCAGGACAGACACAUGUGAUUCCACAGGACAAAGGAUAUUAUUAUCCUAAAAAGAACUUCAAUAUAAUUGUCAUUGGUAGGAAAUGCAGGAGAGUGAUCUUCACGGUGAAUUUAAGACUCCAUCAUGUCUUUCCAGGGAAUAUAAUUAAGAUGCAUUCCUGUAAUUCCAGCCAAAGGCUACAAAAAGUAGUAAUCCAUUUGAGACGUUUCCAUUUAAGGUUUUCUAAAAGCAAUAAACCCACUCGAUUCUUCCACCUGAAGAUUGUAAAGAGUUUUACCACUUUCUGCAACCCUUGGGUCAAAUUAUCUUAUAAUCCGUUCUAAUAUUAUGUAUUUAUUUUCUCAUACCUUUCUGUCUUGUACAAAAUCUUACUUCUAUCAAUUACCAUCUUGAAUUUUCAAAUUCAUUUAAUCUAUGGUUUUUCUGUGAAGCUUAUUCCCAAUGAUUGAAUUGGGUAACAACACAUUUUGCUAGUUUGAAAUACUAAAUCAAAGAGAUUAAAUUACUUAUAAAGGAAUCCUUCAAAUUUUACUAUGUAGAAAUGCUAAUCAAAGUAGAUAGUUGAACUGUUUGUAUCAUAUUACAAAAACCUCGUCAUUUGAUGGCAUGAUUUUAGAAAUUGCAUAUAUGCCCUAACCUUGCAUGUGUCUGUGUUACUUUAUGGAAAAAAAAUUGAUUACAGCAAAUUUAUUAUUUAAAAAAUGUUCAUGUAUAUUACUGAUAUGUAUUUUUUUUUUAGCUCAACAAAGCUAAAAGCUCAAGUAAACUUUUCUGAUUGAAAUGUCAGUCUGCAUUUAUCUGUAAACUUUACACAUUUUUGACUUCUCAAAAAACACAGGGCCAAUUUCAGCCAAACUUUGUACAAAGCUUCCUUUGGUGAAGGGAUUCAAAUUAAAUAAAAUGAAGAAUCACAUCCUCUUCCAAGGGUAGAUAAUAAAGAAAUGUUAAAAUGUGAUCUUGUGUUUAAAAAAUCUUCUCAAGAACCACUGGACAAGAAAAGUCUUACCUCGCUGGGAUAUUUCUUUAAAUCAUGAUUCCCAGAACCAGGAUGGGAUCAUAAUAGGAUAUGAUAUAUAAGAAAAUUCUUUCCAAUUCUUCUCAAGAACCAUAAAUUUGAAAUAUUCACAUUGAGUGUAAAUUCAAAUUGUAUUACACUUUAGCCCCAAUGGUCAGGGUGGGGUUACAAUAAAAUAUGAACAUAUAGGAUUGUCAAGAACCACAAAUUCUAAAUAUUCUAAUUGGGUGCAGAUUCAAAUUUUAAAUAUUCUCAUUGGGUGUAGAUUCAAGUUGUAUGCAUUUUAAUGCCAGUGUGGGGCCACAUUUGGGGUUCAAGGUUUUUAAACAUCAUAAAAACUACAAGUGUACGAAACGUCAUGUUAGUAUGUAAGCAUCCUCCUGUAAUAUAGAUUUAAGUUUGCUUACACCGUGGGACCCCAGGUCUACAUUAGGGGGUUCAUAAUUUUACUUGUAGUGAUUAUUUGGGAAAAGUCUUUCAAAAUAAUGUCAAAUAUGCAAGAUUCCUUAUGUAGUGUAGGAAUGUGUUUGUUCACAACCUGCUCUGCGUGGCAAGGUUGGAGCUAUAAUGGGGAAAAUUCUGUUUUUCUUUGGAAAAUAAAGUGCUCAGGUAAGCAAUGUGGCCCAUGGGCCCCUGGAUUAAAAAUUGCUGUGAUGUUAUAUGAAACUUUUGGAGUUACCUCCCAUUUGUGAACUGAUAUUACUGUGUACUAUUAUGAGAAAAUCAAAACAUACUGAAUAAGUACUUAUGUUUAUAAUGUAGGAAAGUUUUUGUUGUUAUAUUGUAUUACAAUAAUAAUUCUGCAAAUUGAAAUAAAUCAUAUUCAGUGGCAAAAGCUUA